AUGAACGAGUUUGUGCUCCCACAGUUUCCGGAAAAGGAGAUCGAGUUGGAGGUUCCCGAGAGCCACAAGGCGAUCGCGGACAAGACCUUUUUUGGGUUGGAGAACUUCGGGAACACCUGUUACUGCAAUUCGGUCCUCCAGGCCCUCUACCACUGCGUCCCCUUUCGACAACUCAUCGAUUCUUAUCCCAACCCGACUCCUUCGACGAUUCCCGCUGGGCCAACUGCGACAGAGAUCGCAGAAACCUUCAAGGCGAUCGAAGCCAAUGGAGGCAAGGUGCCCGCGGGGACCAUGGGGAAAGGGGUCGUCAAGCCAGAAGAACUCGUCAGGGCCGUCAAGAGGGAGAACGAGCUGUUCAGAGGGAAUAUGCAUCAGGACGCUCACGAAUUUUUGGGAUGGAUGUUGAACAAGAUCGCCGAGGACGUGGAGGAGCUCGAGAAGAGCAUGGGCAGGGAAGAACGCGAGGAGAGGGAAAAGAGGUUGGGCGGGUUGAAACGGUAUGGUUUGGGUAUGGGCGAAGGAGGUGGGGGGAAGACGUUGGUGCAUCAGUUGUUCGAGGGGUUGUUGACCAACGAGACCAGGUGUCUGACAUGCGAGACCACCUCGUCGAGGGACGAAUCUUUCCUCGACCUUUCCAUCGAUAUCGAGCAAAACUCGUCUGUCACCUCGUGUCUGAGGCAGUUUUCCGCCAGCGAAAUGUUGUGCCAAAAGAACAAGUUUUUCUGCGACACGUGCUGUGGGUUGCAAGAGGCCGAAAAAUCGAUGAAAAUCAAGAAGCUGCCCAAUGUUUUGGCUCUCCACCUGAAGCGAUUCAAGUACCAGGAGUCUCUCGGUCGAUUCGUCAAGCUGGCCUACCGAGUCGUAUUCCCUAUGCAACUCAGGUUGUUCAACACGAGCGACGACGUGACCAACCCGGACAGGCUGUACGAGUUGUACGCCGUUGUGGUACACAUUGGAAUGGGACCGAAUCAGGGGCAUUAUGUCGCACUUGUUAAGAACGAGGGCAGAUGGUUGCUCUACGACGACGAGAACGUCGAGCCCGUCGACGAAGCCGACAUCCCACGGUACUUUGGAGACUACCCGGCCGGUGCCGGAUACGUAUUGUUCUACCAGGCCGUCGAC